AUCAUUGUAGGAGAUAUCUAGAAGUCCCAGAAACAGACAAGAAUUUUCCUAACUGUAAAAUUUUCAGUCGAUAAUCUUUAGUCAAAAACAAAAUAGUAGAAGCUCGGCACAUGACCUGUCUGAAUUGGCUGCAAUUUUUCUGGUCUUCUUUUUGUCUUCAUUAUGAUUUGCUUAUUCUGGUUGCUCACUUCGGUAUGGUUCAGUUGGCUGUAGCCACAAUUUGCCCAUGCUUUUUCUCAGGCCUAGGUUAGCAAAUCCAUUACCUUGUUCUGCCAGAAUUGGGGUCAUUCUUCACUGGUAUUAGAGAAGUGAUGGGUGAGUCAGUUAUUGAAAGACCAACUUUUGAGAAAAAGAUGGGUGAAUCUGUGUCCUCUUCUGCGUCUCUUCAAGUAUCAGUAUCCUUUGGUAGGUUCGAGAGUGAUUCACUUUCUUGGGAAAAGUGGUCUUCUUUUUCACCAAAUAAGUAUUUGGAAGAAGUUGAGAAGUGUUCUACUCCUGGAUCAGUUGCUCAAAAGAAGGCAUAUUUUGAAGCUCAUUACAAGAAAAUUGCUGCUCGAAAGACUGAGCAAUUAGAGCUGGAAAAGUUAAUGGAAUCCGUCCCUCCAAGUCCACGUGAACCAAGCAGCAAGGAUCCUGUCAAACACACAGCUGUAGCUAAUGGUGAAUCUGGUUUAUCUGGUGGCGGGACCUCAGCUGCAGAUGUUGAGCCAGAUGUUGCUGGGACGGAUAGAUCAAAUAGCACAACUGUUGAGGUGGAAAAGGAGCAUGUUUCUGUAGGUGUAGAUUGUCAAGGCUUAGUAGUUGAGGAAGCUAUGGAAGAGUUGAAUGGAACUACUGAGAACCCUGAAACAAUUGAUGUAGAAACAGGCAAUGAAGAACUGAUAGGUAAUGAAGCUAAACCUGAAGUCACUGGAGGAGAAGCAGUAUUGGCUGAAGCAGAUAUUUCUCAGAACGGCUCACUGGAAGUCGUGGAAGAACCUUUUUCGAAGGUGGAUCAUAAGGUCAAGAAAGCCCCACUAAACAAAAGCAAGGGCCCAAGGUUAUAUUCAGGAAAUGUCUCUCAGAAGAUGACUUCAAGUCGAAAGGAGCAGACCUCGGCUGGGUCAAAAAAGAAAGUAGUGUCACCUGCAACCAGAACUUCACCAGUUACCAAGUUGCCACAACUCUCUACUCCGAAAUUGUCAAAAUCGACAAUGAUACCUGCGUCUAUAUCCACAACAAAGAAAGUCAGUGGGUCAUCAUUGCCAAGGGCCAAGAAUACUCCUGGAGAAAAAAGGGGAACAAUGCCGGCAUCUCUUCAUAUGUCUCUCAGUUUGGAUCCAAGAAGUUCUGGGCCUUCUCUUACUACAACCAGAAAAUCCUUGAUUAUGGAGAGCAUGGGGGAUAAGGACAUUGUUCGGCGGGCAUUUAAGACAUUUCAAAAUAGUUACAAUGAAUUAAAAUCUCCAAAUGAUGGGUUAUCCAGUUGGUCCAAGCAGGUGUCAUAUAAGGGUCCUGUGAAGGAAAUUUCUACUAUGACUCCUCAAAAGGAGAAUGAAGGACUGAGGAAGUCUGCAGAGAAGACUAUUCAAAGAGGUCGGCCAGGGAUCACCUCAAAUCUUGUGUCAUCCUGGUCUACUAGAGAUUCAGGAGUAGACAAAAAUGGUGUGACAACCGUCUCAUCUUCAACCAAUGUGAGACAUGAUGCCAGAGCUGAAAAAUGGAAAGAGAAACCUGGGGAAAAGUCAUUUGUCAGAGAGGCUGAAAGACCACAUUCUAGCUCUAAAACAAAGGAGGAGGCCCUAGUGAAAAAUACUGGACAAGGACUGAGAUCCAAGGCCAGUCUUGCGCCAGUUUCUUACAGGGGGCAAGGAAGUGCCUGGACUCCCUCAGUAAAGGAGAAGAGUAAGACUGUUCAUCGACCUACAUCGAAGAGGUGAAGCAUUUUUUUGUGGCGUGCUCUCUUUCAGUGGCAGUGAAUGCAAUUUUCUGUAUGCAAACAGCAGCUAGGAUUUAUGAUAAAAGGUGAUGCUGGUCAGACUAAAUGGAGACGGGAAACUAUUUAGUUUGUAUCGCUACUACAUGUAUUGUAUUGCUGCUGUUUAGGAAUUGUACAGAGAUAGAUGUAGAGGCUGUUUUGUCCAGAAUAACUCGUUCUUAUACAAUUUUCGAAAUCCUGUAGUGAUUAAAGUAUAGUUCUAAUUGGAAUUCAUUCUUGCAAAAAAGCUUCAA